CGCAGCCGGCCGGCCGCGCCGAGCCUUUGGGCAGGUGCUAGAGCAGCCCGGGAACCCCGCGCGGCCAGGAGAGCAGAGGAGCCAGUGGUUGCAGCUGGGAAAGGGGGAGGAAAGUGCGUGUGUGAGCGACACAGUGUGAGGGAGACAGUCUCGAAUUAAGGAGGAGGAGAGAGCAGGGGAUCGAGGGCGCAGCCCCUUGGGUGCCCUUAGCUGGUCUCCAAGGUUUUCCUACGUCUGCUCCCGCUCCCUGGCGCACCUCACCAUGGACUUGCGCGGAGUUGGAACUGGCCAAAGCGUCAACCCGCGGUUAUCCGCCCGGCCCUGGGGGUUCGCGGGUGCGCGCACGGGGAUGGCGAGGUAGGAUGGCCGCCAAGCGCGACCCCCGCCGCCCCAACGCAGCGGCCCCCUGGCGGUGCCGCUGACUCUCCCGAGCGCACAGGGGUGUGGGCGGAGGCGGCCCAGCCGCGCCCGCGCCUUCGCUAGUUGCUUUGCCUCUUCCACCUACUCGCACCUGCCCCCGCACGGAUACCAUGUCGAAGGCGGCUGCAGGCGCAGCGGCGGCAGCAGCGGCGGAAAGUUGUCCCUCAGCCCCCGCCGGUUCAUCCACGACCGCCGCAGUGGAGGAUCUGUCCAAAGUGUCGGACGAGGAGCUGCUGCAGUGGAGCAAGGAGGAGCUGAUCCGCAGCCUGCGGCGCGCGGAGGCCGAGAAGGUGAGCGCGAUGCUGGACCACAGCAACCUCAUCCGCGAGGUGAACCGCCGCCUUCAACUGCACCUCGGCGAGAUCCGUGGGCUCAAGGAUAUCAACCAGAAACUCCAGGAGGACAACCAGGAGCUGAGGGACCUCUGCUGUUUUCUGGAUGAUGACCGGCAGAAAGGCAAGAGGGUAUCCCGGGAGUGGCAGAGACUGGGCCGCUACACAGCUGGGGUGAUGCACAAGGAAGUGGCCUUAUACCUGCAGAAGCUGAAGGAACUGGAAGUGAAGCAGGAGGAGGUGGUGAAGGAGAACAUGGAGCUCAAGGAACUGUGUGUGCUGCUGGAUGAGGAGAAGGGUGCAGGCUGUGCGGGCAGCCGCUGCUCCAUCGACAGCCAGGCCAGCCUGUGCCAACUCACUGCCUCCACCGCACCCUAUGUGCGGGAUGUGGGCGACGGCAGCAGCACCUCCAGCACCGGCAGCACCGACAGCCCCGACCACCACAAGCAUCACGCAAGUGGUGGCAGCCCCGAGCACCUGCAGAAGCCCCGGGGUGAGGGCAGCCCAGAGCACUCCAAGCACAGGAGUGCCAGCCCUGACCACCUGCAGAAACCCAGGGCCUCUGGGACCCCAGAUCACUCCAAAGCACUCAAAGGACACAGCCCUGAGCACCACAAGCCCUUAUGCAAGGGCAGCCCAGAACAGCAAAGACACCCGCAGCCAGGAAGCAGCCCUGAAAUGCUGCCCAAGCACAUCCCGAGUGGAAGCCCGGAACAUUUCCAGAAGCAGCGGCCGGGGGGCAGCCCGGAGCAUCUUCAGAAACAGGCGCUUGGUGGGAGCCUGGAGCACCUACCCAGAGCUAGGGGCACGAGCCCCGAGCAUCUCAAACAGCAUUAUGGGGGGAGCCCUGAUCACAAGCAUGGAGGAGGAGGAGGCAGUGGUGGAGGCAGCAGGGAGGGCACCCUAAGACGGCAGGUGCAAGAGGAGCUGUCACCCCAUCACCGGAAUGUCUACAGUGGCAUGAAUGAAUCAACCUUGUCCUAUGUUAGGCAGCUGGAGGCAAGAGUAAGACAGCUGGAGGAAGAAAAUCGCAUGCUGCCCCAGGUUGUGUGGAGGAAACUUGGAGAUGCUGCAGGUUCGUGUCCUGGAAUUAGGCAACAUUUGUCAGGCAACCAGUACAAAGGACCAAUGUGAGGAGCAUUCUUUUUCAAACAUGAGACCAUCACUGCACAAGAGGGAGAAAAGAAAAGAAGGAGUAAAAAGUGUAUUUCCAUAAACCUGGACUCAUGGAAUAACAUGGAGUGAUUGUACAUUGCACAUAUCUUCCCUCUAUCUUUAGUACAACUUCCCCCAUCAAGCUGAUAUUUUGUGUGUCUCACUUCAGUGUUUACAACAGUUAAUCUCAAACAAGGUAGCUUUGAAAAUUCACCAUUUUAGUACUAAUAUUUUCAAUAGAAUUGAAAU